AUGGAGAACGAAGAACUCAAUAACCAACUUCCACCACGUCAAGUAGAAGAACAGUUUGAUGAGGUGGCACCACGACGUGAUAGAAUACUCCAUGAUUAUGCAAGGCCAGAUCAGUUUGAAGGAGAAUCAAGUGUGAGGAGACCACCAAUUGCAGCAAACAACUUUGAAAUCCGCACAGGCUUGAUUCAAACCAUUCAACAGUCAUGUCAGUUUACUGGUGAUGCGAGUGAAGAUCCUCACGCCCAUUUAAUUGAUUUUAUUGAAUUAGUUGAAACUUGCAGGUAUAAUGGAGUCAUAACAAAUGGUAUCAGGUUGCGGCUUUUUCCUUUUUCAUUAAAAGGUGAAGCCAAAACAUGGUUGCGAAGUCUACCAAGAGAUUCUGAAUCUGUAUACCAGGCAUGGGAAAGAUUAGCAGCAAUGUUAAGAAAAUGCCCACAUCAUGGUAUCCAAGACCCUGAUAUUUUAUAUAUUUUCUAUCACGGUCUUAAACCCUCUGCUAGAACUGUAAUUGAUGCAGCAUCAGGAGGAUCAAUAAUGGGAAAAACUACUGUAGAAGCAAUGCAAUUGCUUAAUGAGAUUUCGGAAAAUGCUAUUCAAUGGCCCUCAGACAGAAUGAUUAUCAAGAAAACAACAGGAGUAAAUCAAUUUGAAGCUUUGAAUUCAUUGACACAACAAAUUGCGACUUUAACACAAAAAGUGGAGGCUUUUCAGGUAGGUGCUCGCACAUCAUCCCAACUUGAGAAUUGUGAUGUUUGUCAAGGUAAUCAUCCAAAUCAUGAAUGUCAAGCUUCAACACAAAAUGAGGAACAGGCACAGGGACCACCUGGUUUUCAAAAUCAAAAUAGAGGGCAACAGAAUUUUCAACAAUAUCAGCAGCCUCAAAGAGUUCAUCAACAAAGCCUUGAAGACCUGAUGUACAAAUUCACUAAGGCUACUGACGAGAAGGUUGAAAGUCAACAUUCAGCUAUCAAGAAUUUGGAAAUUCAGGUAACCCAAUUAGCGACCCUCAUGUCUGGACAAAUUCAAGGUGCUCUACCAAGCAACACUGAGAAAAACCCAAAAGAACACCUCAAAGCCAUCUCUCUACGAUCAGGUAAAUAUCUUGAUGAUCCAUAUGCAGAUAGAGAAGGAAAUCCACAAGAAGUGGAAAAG